UCAAUCAAAUGAUCAAAAUCUCUAUUUUCAUUUACGAAAAAUAGAAAAAAAAUGGAAUUUUUACUAAGAGUGGCUUUAAUAUUGUUUGGCGUGAUACCCUACAGCAUAUCAGAGAGCGUACCAGUCUCCACGGAGCAGUAUAAUCCUUUGGGACCGCUCGUCAAAUGUAGUUUUCUCCCAAUGGAAUUCCUGGACUGCAAUGAACUUGUAGACCAUAAAGGGAACCAAUCAGCCAAGGAGGCUAUGGGCCAUGGCUGCGUGAAGUUUGGAGGCGUUAAAUACGAAGAUGUAGAGAAGGCCAAAGCGCAAUGUAAGCCGUUGGAAGGCAUUGAAUGUUCCGGCCCAAGGAAUUUUCUCCGCGAGGGUUUUCCUUGCGUGCGAUACUCUGGGCAUUACUUCACUACAACUCUUAUCUACAGUAUUUUGUUAGGUUUCUUGGGCAUGGACAGGUUUUGUCUAGGGCAGACUGGGACGGCAGUGGGGAAGCUAUUGACACUAGGUGGACUGGGUAUUUGGUGGAUUGUAGAUGUUGUGCUAUUGAUUACGAACAGUUUGCAUCCUGAAGACGGGAGUAAUUGGAAUCCUUAUGUUUAGUUUUAUAUUUAAGUUAAUAUAAUAUAAGUUUAUAGUUAGACCAAGCUAACUCUGCAGCGAAUUUGAGCAUAUUGGCAGAGUUGUCAAAAACAUCAAAUGUUUAUGAAAUUAUGAUGUUUAAAAUAACAUUUCCACAGUGUGCUAUCAAAUAUGCUGCAUAGUUAGCUUGGACCGACUCUAGUUCAGUGUAUGAAAUAUAUGGGAGCUGGUUGACAUCUCAAAAGUAUAGUGGAACUUACUGUUGUAAAAAGAUGUGAUUGAGAAAGUUGUCAAGUUAAAGUAUAAAUAAAUGUUUUUACACUGGACUGUAACUUCUAAUCUACUGUUGAGGCUGAUAUAGUUUAUAAAUUGUAAAACUUGUCUGAAGUUAUGUUCUCUUAAUUUAUGUUGAGAUUAGUGUGAUGUUAUCCUUU